AUGGCCUUACUGCGACAGUUAGAACAAAACAUGCAACAGUUUCAAAAUUAUUACAAGUCAGAAGCACGUACAAUUCAAAAUAGCUUCUCUCAAGGAGUUUUCUCAGCCAAAACCAUCAGCAAUAAAAUUUCAUUCUCCAAACCAAAAUCAAAAGCUGAGGCCAAACAACUCGCUGCCAAGAAACACAGCGAGGCAGAGAGGAGGCGUAGGAUGCGAAUCAAUGGCCAAUACGCCACUCUUCGCAAUAUCCUUCCAAACUUGAUCAAAAUGGACAAGGCGGCGGUGCUUUCAGAGACGGUCCGGCAAGUAAGGGAGCUGAGAAAGACAGUUUCUGCAUUGGAAGGAGUUUGUUGUGGUAGCGGAGCUAAGGAUUGUGUGUUCCCAGGUGAGAUGGACAAGCUGAGUUUGGAAAGCUGUGAUGAUGAGCAGGGACAGGUGAAGGUCACGUUCAGCUGUGAGGAUAGGCCGGGAUUGAUGUCGACGGUGGCAAAGGCAAUGAGGACGGUGAAAGGGAGGGUGGUGAAGUCUGAGAUGGUGACGGUGGGUGGGAGGACCAAGUGUGUUUUGUGGGUGCGAGGGUUGGGUGGUAGAAAUGAAGGGAUUGUGAUGCUAAGGAGAGCUUUGAAGGUGGUCAUAGAGAGGCCUAUUUUGGCAGGGAUCAGCAAGGACCCACGGUUCACUUGA